AGCAAACCAGUUGGCGCCACAAGCUGUGGUCGACAGUCUGUCAGCUGUUUUGUUUCCGACAAAUCAGUAUCGGAUUUUGCUGCAAUUAUGACACUUCGAAAGAGUUUCUUUCUUUCUUUUUUCGUCCUUUUCAUCUUCUCAUUCAUCAGUGAUGUGAAUGCACAGUAUGAGGAUGUCAGAUGCAAGUGCAUUUGUCCAGAUACCGCCGUAGUAAACGGAACUCAGUCACAUAGAAAACUUUACAUUGAAAAUGUUCCACCUAACAAAUGUGAUUGUACAAAUGUUGUGCUCCCAAGGGUAGGGGAUGAUAUCAAAGGAAAGGAAAAAGAAUUUUGUCCACGAUGUGAAUGCAAGUACGAAAGCAGGAACACAACAACAAUCAAGGUUGUUGUAAUUAUUGUUAUCUGGAUAAUAUCUCUACUAGUCAUAUACAUGCUGUUUCUUGUUUGUCUUGAUCCCCUUCUCAACAAGAAAACCACUACACAAUAUCAAGAACAUAAUAAUGAAGAGGAUGAAAGUGAAACCCAUUCUCAACCUUUAAGGGCAAGUGGAGCAGGUGUGCUCAACCGUGUUGGCCAAACUACUGAUAAGUGGAAGAAAACUGUUCAAGAACAACGUCGACAUAUUUAUGAUCGACACACUAUUCUUAACUAAUCACUUUUCUAAAUUCCAAUUCUAUGAUCUGUAGAUGUUUGCGCGUUUAUUCUUAUUCUUAUUUCAAAUAUUUCAUUCACCAACGGAAAUAAAAAAAUUAAAGUCUCA